UGUGGGAUUUCUCAUUGGCUGGGCUGUGGGAUUUCUCAUUGGCUGAGCUGUGUGUUUCUCAUUGGCUGAGCUGUGUGUUUCUCAUUGGCUGGGCUGCAGCGUUUCUCAUAUUGGCUGGGCUGCGGCGUUUCUCAUUGGCUGAGCUGUGCGUUUCUGAUUGGCUGGGCUGUUGCUGGGUGGGGAAAGAAGUCUUCCUUUUGUAGUAAAGUAGUUGUACUUCCUGUCGGAGAUGCAAGCCUAGGUCUCUUCCUGGUUGGUGUAAUUGACCGUGUGUGAUGGGUAAGAGUCCUCCCUGUAGGCCUACCUUAGGACAGCUUCAUUAAGGUUUCUUUUAUUCAUUUCCACACUGCAGGCAGCCCAGCGCCUCUCUCCUGCAUCAUGCUAAGCAAGGGAAUCCAGACAAAGAGUACGUGAUGUCUGCAUGUGCAUGCAUGCAUGCCUGCAUGUGUGUGUUGAGAAGGUAGGAGCCACCUUUCCUGGUUCCGAAUCUUGGCUCUGCAACAUAGGAGCUGUGUGAUCUUGGGAAAUGGCUCCCUCACUCUGUGCCUCAGUUUGCUUGCCUCUCAAGUGGGGAGAAUGGGGUUCUUCCUCGGAAGGUGCCGUAUGGACAGAUGAGUUAGUGUGGGUGAAGCAUGUGGAACAGUGUCCAGUGCACAGUCAGUUCAUAGAAGUGCCGGUUGCUGUUGUUAAUAUCUUACAAAAACGCUUGAUUGCCACCUCAUCUGGAGCGUCUCUCUGUGUCCUUACACAGGGACAUGUUGUAACCUGUAGGACACUCUUGCUGGCACUCAUGGUCAGAUGCACCUUCAUUAAUGCACCUGCCCCACAGCUGGGCUCAUAGGUGGUUCCCGCUUCUCACCGUCUGUACGGCUCUGAGGCCGUAGAAAUCCUGGCAGCAGAUUCGGCAUCACCUCCUCUGGCUAGACUCGCAGAUGCACACACAGCAUAAGGCUCUCAAGAUAUUUUACCAACUUGGUCCAGAAAGAUUUGGAGGAGUGGCUGUUGCCCUUGCUGACUCCGCUCAUUGUCUUUUUCUUUUAUUCGUUGCCCUGUUGACGAGGGGAAGACUCGCACUGGCUGGAUUUAGCAUUUCUUCAAUCCUGUGGGGCAAGCGUCCGUUCACGUCUGUUGGCCACUUGCAUCUCUUUUGUGAAUUGCUUGUGUGUCUCUUUUUGUGAUUGUUUUAUUUGGAUGUUCGACUUUUCCUGCUGUGUAAGGUCUCUCUAAAUUCAGGGUGCAGGACCUUUGUCCUCUGUCUUCCAAAUGUCUGUUCUUCAUUUUUCAUCUGAGUUGAUGCUUCUCAGUUAUCAAGGAGUAACAACAAGUGUUGCUUUGACCUUUCACGAAUCACGCCUGUCUGUCCCCCUCGUUUUUCUCGGUCCUGCCUUUGGGGCUGUGCUGGCAUGGUGGCUGUGUAUUUGCUUUGGUUGUCUUGUGAUGCAUGUUUCUUUUUCAGUACCAUGGUCUUCAGAGCAUCCGGAGUUCACUUAAUGUAGGGAUGAGCUCCAUGUUUGUCCCCAGGACACCGGCCAUGCGGACAGCACGCCACUCCCCGGUGGUCUGGGUGGCCUUGUGACCUUCUCCAGAGCAACAUGUGGCGGUUGGGGCACUGGCACCCACCCCAGCUGGGGGCUGCAGCCCAGCCACUGCCCUCCAGGUGGGAUCCUCAGCCGUCUCUCCUCUCUCCCUCCCUAGGCACGUGCGCACAAGUGCAGCCGCCCCCGCGGGGCACGCUCCAGCUCCUUCGUGGUGAUGGCGCUUCUGUGGGGACUGUCAUCGUGUUCCACUGCCCCUCAGGCCACCAGAUGGUGGGGUCCGGCCUCCUCACCUGUACCUGGAAGGGGAGCAUUGCUGAGUGGUCUUCAGGGACCCCUGUGUGCAAGGCCGUGCCUCCCUCCGAGACCUUCGGCUUCAGGGUGGCUGUGAUUGCCUCCAUCGUCAGCAGUGCCAUCAUCCUGCUCAUGUCCAUGGCCUUCCUCACUUGCUGCCUCCUGAAGUGCGUGAAGAGGAGUGAGCAGCGGCGCUCAGACAGGGCGGCCCAGCUGUGGCUCCAGCUGAGAGAGGGGGACUUGGAGACCAUGCAGCCCGCCUACCUCGGUCUCAAGGGCCUGAGAAACAACGGCGGUGGUGGCGGGGAGCUGGGGAGCCGGCACGGCCAGGCGCACGACAACCACAGCUUCACCACAGACAUCGGUGAGGGCACCAGAGAGCUGGCCGGCGUGGCCUGUGGCGUGGACAAGGACCCCUGGGCUCCCAGUGGCCCCGCUGACUCACCCUACACCCAGGUGAUGGUGCACACGGUGUACCCAGGGCAGAGGCUGCCUGCCUCCAGGCCCACCUCGAGGAUGCCCAGACAGCCCGCCACCUACAUCCCAGGGUGACUGAAGCCGAGGCUGGAGCUCGCCCUGCACAAUGGAGGGCCACACCAGCCCCACCAGCCCCACCAGCCCCACCAGCCUGCCGCCUGCAUCUCGACAUGUCUCCAGCUCCAGAUGGGUCAGUGAAAGCAGCUUCCGGGUUUAGGGAUCCCACCGGGUGCCGAGCUGGGACCCCGGCUGGGGUGCCCUGUCCCGAGGGAGCCCAGCUGUAGCAGUUUUUAUAGGCAGGCUUGAAGCCGGUGAGGGUCACAGAACCGCUGCCCUCCCUCUGCCCAGGCUCCUUUCCAGAUGCUGGGGACGUUUUAAGCGCAUCUAGUUUUGCAUAGCGAGGGGGAAGGCCGCCAACUCCUCCGCAGCGGUCGCAGCUGCCGCCUCGCCCCCUCCCCGGCCCGCCCUCCCGGGGCUGCUGCCUGUGCGCAGGGACCCAGCGGGGUGCCGCACCCUCUCUCUGGAAGUUGUGGUAAGGGGUGUGACAUACGCAGUAAUUUUUCUAAUCCUGAAAAAUACAAAGGUAAAAAUCACCAUCUCGAUUUUUAAUCCCUGAGAAAGCAAACCUCAAGCGUAGGGAGCGGCGUGAACUGGAGUCCCGUGUGACCUCCGUGCCCAGCCGGCUGGGCGGGUCCCCUGGGCCCCGCGUGGCGCCCGCGCAGCUGCCGGCUGGCCCUGGGUCACCCCGGCGCCGCUCGCACGCUGCUGCCGCGGGGACCGCGUGGACGGGGCCGCCUCGCGCCCGGCAGCCGGAGCCCCACGUGGACGACGCGCUGCGGCCCCGCCGCCGGGUCCCGCUCGACGAGGGCAGGCAGCCGGGCGCGGCUCCCGGGGGCGCCAGGCAUGGAGGCCCCUCCACGGCCGCCACAGCCCCGACCCGGCCCCUGGUGGACGCAGGAAGAUGGAAAGCGGCCAGUCUCUUUCCCCAGCUCCGCUCCGCGAGGGAGCGCUGGCGGGAGCCCGGGCGGGACGCCGUGUGCCCGCGACCCCAUCCCCCGCGGGCGCCCCUGUGUCCCCAUGUCCCUGUGUCCCCGCGGUGCCCCACCACCGGCGCCCCUGUGUCCCCAUGUCCCUGUGUCCCCGCGGUGCCCCACCGCCGGCGCCCCUGUGUCCCCAUGUCCCUGUGCCCGCGACCCCCGCCAGCGCCCGUGUGUUCUCAGCCUCCCCCCCACCCCCACCGCCGGCGCCCGUGUGGACGCCCCGCGGGUACGCUCUAGACGUCUGCACCUGCCGGCGCGCAGCUUGUGUGCUGCGUCUAAAACGGUCUCGGGGCUGUUCUGGAGCCACAUCCACCUCGUCCGCAUGGCUGAGGGCAGGCUCCAGGCCGCACCCUCUGUGUCUCCCUCACCAGCGGAGCCCACGUCAGUCCUCCCUCCAGCUCCCUGCGAUUUGGGGUGCGAUUUUGGGGUGCGACCUGUCUGGCCACUGAGGAUCAUCGCUGAGGUCUGCCCUCUGACUUUCCCUGCUUCCUGCCUGGACGCCCCGCAGCCACAUUGGGGCUGCGAGGAGGGGAGCCUGGUGAAGAAGAGCGAGCCGUCCUGAAGGAGCCUGUGCUGCUCCCUGAAGCCACCUCUGUCAUGUUUUCCCCUCACUUACAAACACGUCCUGAUACAGGGUA